AUGACAUUCUCCUACGGCAUUGACCACCUGGAGCCCGCCUUCGACGACCGUGACAUCCCCUACAUCACCUGGGGUCUGCGCUUCGACGAGGCCUGUGUCUACCACAUCGCCAACACGCUCAAAGCCAGCAGGGUCUACAUUAUCGCCUCGAAUUCUCUCUCGAAGAACACCGAUGCGCUGAAACGGCUCCAAGCCGCCCUGGGCGACAGAGUCGUGGGCGUGCGGAUCGGAAUGACCCCACACACGCACUGGAACGAGGUCCUCGAGAUCGCGCAGGACGCCGCGCCCCAGAACCCCGACUGCAUCGUGACCCUGGGCGCCGGCUCUCUCACCGACGCGGCCAAGGUGAUCGCGUGGAUGCUCGCCAAUGACAUCACCACGUCCGACGGGCUGGAGCAGUUACUGGCCGAAGGCAAGAAGACGUUCAAGGACCCCGUCAUCCGCCACGUCGCCAUCCCCACGAGCCUGUCCGGCGGGGAGUACCAGUCGAUAGCAGGCGUGACGAGAGACGACGGCAGCCACCAGAAAUGCCUCUUCGAGCCGCCCACCCGGAACCCAAGCAUCGUGGUGCUCGAUCCGGAGCUCACCACGACCACCCCGGAGCGGAUCUGGCUGAGCACGGGGGUCAGGGCGGUGGACCACUGCGUCGAGACGCUGUGCAGUCUCCUGUCGAAUGAGAAGGGCGAUGCCGAGGCCGAAAAGGGUCUGCUGAGACUGGUCCCGGCCUUGAUCCGGACGCACAAGGAUCCCGGCGAUCUGGACGCCCGGUUCGAGACCAUGCGGGGCGUCAUCCAAGCCAUGAGCGCCGUCGGGAGUGGUGUGCCCCUGGGUGCGAGCCACGCGAUCGGACACCAACUGGGACCUCUGGGCGUCGGCCACGGCGAGACCAGCUGCAUCAUGCUGCCGGCGGUGUGCAAGUGGAACGAGAAGGUGGGCGCCAACGUCGACAGACAAGCCUAUUGCAAACAGGUCCUACUCCGCUCGCCCAUCGUGAAGGAGCUGUUAGAAGCCAAGUACGGGUCAGGACCGCAGAGCCUCGAGAAAGCCGAUCUGGGGGACACCCUGGAUCUGAUCUUCCGCGAGAUCGGCAUGCCGCGCACGCUGAAGGAGGUGGGCGUGGGACGGGACAAGCUGGACGGGUUGGCCAAGAACAGUCUCAAGGACCACUGGAUCCAGACGAACGCGAAGCCGAUCACGGAGAAAGAACAGGUCCUGGAGAUCUUGGAGAUGGUGGUCGAAUGA